CGCCGACCUACGUACUCCAAGGUACCCAGGUGCAUGGGCAUACGCAGGCAAGUAUACCUACAUCGAUGUGACCGCAAGUGGCCGACUGCUGCAUCAUGUCACAAACGCGAUACAUGGAUUUCUAUGCGAAGCUUCACAAUCACAGCAAAGAUGAUUUUACACACACAAGUCUUUUCCUUUCUCACCAAGCGAGUGAGCGAAGUGCGUCACACGAGGCCCAACGCAAGGCACCAGGGCAAGGCAAGACAAGGCAAGCCACCUGCAGGAGAGCUGGCUGCAAAGUCAGCACUCUACCCCUCCUUCAUCAUUUCCCCCACCAGACCUUCUACUCUCCUUCUUUUCUCUUCUGUGAUACCCACUUUUUGUCGACCAGCAGCAAGAACUGCUUGCGAAUUCUCCACUCCUUUUCUCACCUUCACCACCGUCCGCACCUACGCCAAAGGCAAAGUCAAGAAGAUGCCCCCCAAGAAAGCCGUCAAGGAGGAGAAGAUCCUUCUCGGAAGGCCUGGCAACUCCCUCAAGAGUGGUAUCGUUGGCCUCGCGAACGUCGGUAAAUCCACGCUCUUCCAGGCAAUCACAAAAUGCCAUCUUGGUAACCCUGCCAAUUUCCCAUACGCCACUAUCGACCCAGAAGAAGCUCGUGUCAUCGUGCCCGAUGAGCGAUAUGACUGGCUGGUGAAUCACUACAAGCCCAAGUCUCAAGUGCCUGCCAAUUUGACUGUCUAUGACAUUGCCGGUCUUACCAAGGGCGCUUCUACCGGUGCUGGUCUCGGAAACGCCUUCUUAUCACACAUUCGUGCUGUCGAUGCCAUCUUCCAAGUCGUCCGGUGUUUCGAUGAUGCUGAAAUCAUUCACGUAGAGGGUGAUGUCGAUCCUAUCCGUGACUUGGACAUUAUCAGCGAGGAAUUGCGUCUCAAGGAUAUCGAGUUUGUUGAAAAGGCGCUCGAGAAACUUGUCAAAGAGACCCGGCGAGGUGGACAGAGCCUGGAAAUGAAGAAGAUGAAAGAGGAACAGGCGACCGUCGAAAAGAUCCUCGCGAUGCUUAAAGACGGCAAAGACGUCAGGAAAGGCGAUUGGUCACCGAAAGAGCUCUUUGAUACCUCGUUAACGCCGAGGUUCCUUGAAAAGACGUCCAACUCUGAGUUUUAUCACAUUGUCGAGGUCAUCAACCCUCUCUUCCUCCUUUCUGCCAAGCCUGUCGUGUAUCUCGUCAACUUGAGCGAGAAAGAUUACAUCCGGCAAAAGAACAAGCACCUCCCCAAAAUCGCGCAGUGGAUCAAGGAGAACGCCGCUGGUGACCCCAUUCUACCUGUGUCUGUGUCUUUGGAGGAACGCCUUGGCGCCAUGACUGAGGAGGAAGCAGAGGAGGAGUGCAAAAAGUUGGGCACCAAAUCUGCCCUACCCAAGAUCAUCGUUACCAUGCGCAAGGCUCUCAACCUUGGCAGCUUCUUCACAACUGGUACCGACGAAGUACGGCAAUGGACGAUACGGAACGGCAUCAAGGCUCCCCAGGCUGCUGGUGUGAUCCACGGGGAUUUUGAGAAAACCUUUAUCCAAAUCAUCGUAUACAAUUUCAGUGUGCUGAAGGAGGAAGGCGACGAGGCAGCGGUCAAGGCCAAGGGUAAAAUCAUGACCAAGGGCAAGGACUACAUCGUCGAGGACGGUGACAUCGUGCUUAUCAAGGCCGGUGCUGCUAAGGGCUAA